UUCUUGUUUCCAGGCGCCUGGGACAAGGAAGUGAUGAGUGAUAAAGCAGAGGACUUCGCUGUUGGGCCCAAAAGUCAAGUGAAACGUUCUGGAAAAUCCAUCACUCCACCUCCAUUUAAGAAAAGGCUGAGCAUGCCUCUGCUGUCAGUGAGAGAGGAAGGAGAGGGAUCAUCCCAGCCUGAGGGCUCAGCCAUGUCCUUGGAAGAUGAUGAGCCCAAGGUCACAGCAAUGUCUGUGUUGGGAGAUGUGCCAGAUCAACUACCAAUACCAGUGAAAAUCAAUAUGGAAAUAAAAGAGCGAAUAAGGAAUGAAAUUCAACAGUUUGGAGGAAAAUAUGAAAAUAUCCUCAAAUUGCUUGAAGGAAUGCAAGGAUCUCCAGAAGUGCAGAAAAAAUUUGUUGUAUAUGCCAUGAAGGAAGCGGCAAGAUUUAAAAGACAAGACUUAAUAAGGCACCCGCAAAAGGCAUUAGAAAAAUUAGAACCUGACCACCUCCUCAAGAAAGACAAUCACACCCCGAAAUU